AGUGUUUUCAUUCGUGCACGCGUUCAGACAUGGAUAUAACUAUAAGGAAAAUGCUGGCACUCCUACUUUUUAUUCAAAGUUGGUGUAUUCCUUACUGUCAGAGUUUCAAUGUGGGCACCACAGGAGCCAAGGUCUUCACUGGACCAGCAUCAGAGGAGUUUGGUUACACCGUCCAGCAGUUCAGCAAUCACCAGGGGAAAUGGUUGUUGGUUGGCUCUCCCUGGAGUGGAACUCCGAAGAACAGAAAAGGAGAUAUAUACAAGUGUGAAUUAGCAGGCUCCGGCUCUAACUGUCAGCAACUCAAUCUGGAAGAUCAAGUCAACGUGCCGAAUGUGAUGGGGGACAAUGUCAACAUGAGCUUGGGUCUGACGUUGACCAGGACAGCAAACAAUGACAAAUUUUUGACAUGUGGUCCUCUGUGGGCCCAGAAGUGUGGAAGUCAGUACUAUUACCCGGGGGUGUGUGCUACGGUCAGCCCUCUCUUCAACCCACUCUCGAGCUUCGCACCGGCCAUUCAAACCUGUGGAGGCCCAAUGGAUGUGGCCAUAGUGCUGGAUGGUUCAAACAGCAUCUACCCCUGGCCCCCAGUGGUAUCCUUCCUGGUCAAACUGCUGGAGAGCCUGGACAUUGGGCCCCAAAAUACUCAGGUCAGCGUCUUGCAGUAUGGGUCAGUUCCGGUCUUCGAGUUCUAUCUGAAUAGCUACAAGACCAAAGAGGACAUGCUCCGGGCCGCAAGGAACAUCGAGCAGAGGGGCGGACUGGAGACCAGGACAUUCAAAGCCAUCGACUAUGCCAGUCAGCAAGCGUUCCUGCCCCAGAACGGCGGUCGUCCAGAUGCCACUAAAGUGAUGGUGGUGGUGACGGACGGGGAGUCCCAUGACAUCGAGCUGCGGACGAACGUGCUGGCUCUGUGCAAUAGGGAGAAGAUCACCCGAUUCAGUAUUGCUGUCCUGGGUUACUACAACAGGAACAACAUCGAUCCCGAAGCCCUUGUUGCGGAAAUCAAGUCCAUAGCCAGCCUCCCCACGGAUAAUCACUAUUUCAAUGUGUCGGAUGAAGUGGCUCUGUUGAACAUAGCAGGAACACUGGGAGACCGCAUCUUCAACAUAGAGGGAACUGGCAAAGGAGGUGAUUUCCAGAUGGAACUGUCCCAAGUUGGCUUCAGCGCUCAUCAGACCGAUAAGGAGGAUAGUGUGAUGCUGGGAGCUGUGGGAGCGUAUGGGUGGAGUGGAACGGUCGUUCAUCAGAAUGGCCAGAAGUUUGAUGUGCUGCCAAAGAAAGUCUUCGAGCGCACUCUAGAUGACAGGAAUCACAGUUCCUAUCUUGGCUACUCUGUGACAUCGCUGAAGCAUGACGGCACUCAGUACUUUGUGGCCGGAGCACCCAGAGCCAACCACACGGGUCUAGUGGUGGUGUACACCGUCGACUCCAAAGCAAAGGCCUCCAUUGUUGACACGCAGAGGGGCACUCAGAUCGGUUCCUACUUCGGCAGUGUGCUGUGUCCCCUGGAUGUGAACCGGGACGGCGUGACCGACGUGCUGCUGGUGGGGGCUCCCAUGUUCAUGAGCGGAGAGAAGAAGGAGAAAGGGAGGGUGCACGUGUACUCCAUCACCAGAGGUAUUUUGAGUGACCAGGGCUCGCUGGAGGGUUCGUCAGCUGUGGAGAAUGCCCGCUUUGGGAUGGCCAUCUCUGCCGUGCCGGACCUCAACCUGGACGGCUUCACUGACGUGGUGGUGGGGGCACCUCUGGAGGACAACGGCCGAGGAGUCGUCUACGUCUUCUUUGGAGACAAGACCACCGUGCGACUGCAGCACUCACAGAGGAUCAUGGGAUCCAAGGUAGACCUUGGGCUGCAGUAUUUCGGACGCUCUCUGGACGGCAGUGGAGACCUGAAUGGAGACUCCAUCCCUGACGUAUCAGUGGGGGCUUAUGGGAAAGUGGUGCAGCUCUGGUCUAGGGGUGUGGCUGUAGUUUCUCCGCAGGUCUCCUUCGAGCCUGACAAGAUCAGCAUCCUGAGUAAGAACUGCCGCUUGGGGGAGAGGCAGGUCUCCUGUUUCACUGCUGAGGUCUGCUUCAGCGCCGCCUUCAGGCCCACUAACCCAGUGGGACCAGUAGCUAUAAGCUACAACCUCACCUUGGACGCGGACCUGCAGUCCUCCAGGGUCAGCUCCAGGGGCCAGUUCAGCAACUCCGAACGCUCCCUGCAGGGGAACCUCCAAGUCAGCACCCAACAGCAGUGUGAAAGUCAUGUCGUUUAUGUGCAGGAGGCUCCAGACUUUGUCAGUUCAAUUGCUAUGCGGCUGGACAUCACCCUGCAGAACCCCAACGCCAACCCUGUCUUGGACACGUUCAGUAAAACUGCCUGGGAGUACUUUAUCCCGUUCUCAAAGGACUGUGGCACGGACGAUGUCUGUGUGAGCGACUUGCAGCUUAGUGUGAAGAGGAGCGGGGGCCAAUCCAGUUCCUCUCCCAUGUUGGUGGGCCAGAAAAACAGAAGGCUUCCCUUCACGGUGACGGUGACCAACCAAAAGGAGAACGCCUACAACACCAGGGUUUCAGCCACCUACUCGGAGAGCCUCUUCUAUGCCUCUGUCACACAGCCGAGUGAUGACAUAGAGGUGACGUGUACAUCAGUGGCAGAGUCUCAAACCCUCUCAUGCCAAGUCGGAUACCCUGCUCUGAAAAAGGGCGAAAAGGUGACAUUUGAGUUAAUAUUUGACUUCAACUUUGAAAAUCUGCAAAAAGAAGGCACGGUGACAUUUGAAGCCUUAAGUGAUAGUGCAGAGGAAACUCCCGUCGAUAAUAAGGUGUCUCUUACCAUUCCAGUGAAAUAUGACUCCGAGAUCUCUCUUACCAGGGAGGCCAACAUAAAUUAUUAUGUGGUGGAGAAAGAGGGGAGUGUGCAGACUACCAUUGCCAACGUUGAGGACAUUGGCCCUGAAUUCAGCUUCAUGCUUAAGGUGUCUACAGUAAACCUCCCUGUUGACCUGGUGUAUCUCAAUGUGGCCCUACCGAUGAGCACCUCGAACGGGAAUCCACUGCUCUACGUGACGGAUUUGAAAACGGCACCACCAAGCCAAGUGACCUGUGAUGCAGACAAACUGGUCGACCCACUGAAGAUAAGAAAAGGACCUAACACUGUUUCAUUCACACAAGAGAGCUUUGGGGGCAUAGAGAAACUGGACUGUAAGACCGCCACAUGUCAACCAAUCAAAUGUGUGCUCAAGGACCUGGCCAUCAAGAGCAAUUACUUCCUGAAUGUCACCACAAGGAUAUGGAAUGGCACCUUUGCAGCUGCAUCCUUCCAGGCAGUGACUCUGAGUGUGAAUGUCGACAUGGAGACUGACAAACCACAGCUGCUAGUGAUCACAGACAAACAUCACCAGGUUGAGGUGACCAUCAGCAAGCCUGGGGAGAAAGGUGAGGUACCUGUAGGCGUCAUCGUGGGAAGUGUGCUGGGUGGACUUCUUCUCCUGGCAGUUGUCACAGCAACCCUGUGGAAGCUUGGCUUCUUCAAGAGGAAGUAUAAGCCGCUGGAUAAGGAGGACGAGCCGGAAGCAGAGGCUCUGCAGCAGGAGGGAGCGUGAGGGUCCUCUGGACUGGAGCACAAGUCCUUCUCAUCAGAGGGGUAUCCUAAGAAGCUGGUACAGGAGUAAACCAGGUUAAGUUAAGAGGUAAAUCAUCUAAUAGAAGAGCCCGGAGUCCUCAUUUUCUUAAAAACAUCAGGACUCCAGGCUCCUCUAUUUGCUUAUUUACCUCUUAAAGGGGUAUGCCACUAUUUUGGGGCUUAAUACA